GUGGCAGCAAAGUCAAGUCUGAAGCCUUGGAACAUGACUCUCCACAAGUUGUCGAAGCUUCUGUUAAUUCCAUUAAGAAGGAGCUUGAAGAUGAAACUGAAGAAGUUUCUAUCAAGGAGGAAUCAUUUUUAUAUGGAAGUGAGUCUUGUUCAACUGAACAUCUAAGCCCAGCACCUGCAUCCUCUUCUUGUGUGCCGUGCAAGACGGAAGCUCAAGUUGAGGCUCAUGAUGCCCUACCAAACUCCUCACAGAACAUUUCUGCUUUGAUGUUGAAUCAGUUUGGUGAAGGUGGCUCAGCACUGGCAUCAGGAGUUGCUGCUGGUGGCGCUGAUGUCUCUGGGGCGUCCAGCUCAAAGCAACACAUCGGGCUUGGGCGUUCCCAGCGUGGAUUGGUGCCUGCAGGUGCAGGCAAACUGCAGCAGCACCUUGAUCUGGAACAUCCUGCUUCAGGACCCCGCAGCUGCUCUGAUUGCAUCUCUAGUUCAGAGGGUGGACUAAAGCAGCACAAUAAUGCAAUACAUUCGAUAGGCAAAUCACUACAGCUCUAUCACUGUGAACAAUCGCAUGCCACAAGAAAACCACUGCAAGAGCAUAUUAAAUGCAAACAGCUGUGCGGAAGUAAACACCAAUGCCAGUUUUGUUCGAAUUCAUAUACCACAGAAGCUGAUCUCAAAAAACAUAUUUUAUUGCAGCAUCCUCGCAGACAUGCACAGAAAUACUCUCGGAGUAAAUAUGCUGAUGGUUGUAAAGAAUUCAAGCAAAAGCAUCGCCAUUCUAAGUCUUCAUCACUGAACAAGUUUUGCUGCACCAAGUGUGAU